AUGGAUAUUGAUUCACAAAAACCUUCCGGUCGCGCCGACGAACUGCAGUUGCCAUGGGUCGAAAAGUAUCGUCCCCAGCGACUCGAAGAUCUCGUCUCGCAAGACGACAUUGUUUCUAGUAUCACCAAUCUUAUCGACUCCGAAAACCUACCGCACCUGUUGCUGUAUGGACCUCCAGGUACCGGAAAAACGUCAACUAUAGUAGCGGCAGCAAAGAGGAUGUACGGCAGCUCUUCAGCAUAUUCAAGCAUGACCCUGGAACUAAACGCCAGUGAUGCGAGAGGAAUUGAUGUCGUCCGCAACGAGAUCAAAGAGUUUGCUGGCACGAAACAGCUAUUCAACAAGGGAAUAAAGUUAAUCAUUCUGGACGAAGCCGAUGCCAUGACAAGCGACGCCCAGUUUGCGCUGCGUCGCAUCAUUGAAAAAUACACCAAGAAUGCUCGCUUUUGUUUGGUAUGCAAUUACGUUUCCAAAAUCAUUCCAGCGUUGCAGUCUCGUUGCACACGAUUCCGGUUUGCCCCACUUUCUCGUGACCAAAUUGAAGGCCGACUGACGGAAGUGGCUGAGGCAGAAAAAUGCAAGACAACGCAGGAUGGCAUUGACGCAAUUUUACGAUUAUCCGGAGGGGACAUGCGCCGGGUAUUAAACUUGUUGCAGUCGACGGCCAUGUCGGCCGAAGUUGUCGACGAAACUUCCGUCUACUUGACUUCCGGUGCUCCACUUCCUGCAGAUAUGGAUCAGAUUCUAGACUGGCUUAUGAAUCAUAAUUUCCAAACAGCCUGUGAGCAGAUUACCGCAAUGUGCACCAUGAAAGGGUACGCAUUAGCGGAUGUUUUGGCAGAGCUUACUUCAAAGAUUAUGUGUCUCGAAAACUUGGACUCGGUACCUUUGGGCAUGUUGCUGGAUGGCAUGAGCAACGUAGAGCAUCGUCUAGCUUUCGGACCAGACGAAAAGAUUCAAAUCGCAUCAUUGGUGGGGGUUUUUGUUCGGACUCGUGAAGCGAUCUCGGUAAGCUGA